AUGUCUUGGUCAGUUGUUCGUGAACUUCAGGUCAGAUCUUUGCCUGCAGUUACAGCUGGUGUUGAUGGUGAGGAACGUUGCAUACCUGUCCACCAGCGCAGAGAUCUGUCUCCCACUACUGAUGCACUGUAUGAAGAUGUUGUUAUGGCGCUCACUGUUUUCUGUGACAAAAUGGAGUCUGUCUCCAAUGAAAACCAGCUGCUGCAGCUGUUGUACCUGGAGUGUAUUCUGUCUAUGCUGAGCAGCUGUCCUCCCACAAUGCACCUGCAUCGCAAUUUCACUGACCUCAUCUGGAAGCAGUUGUGUCCAACUCUUGUGGUGAUUAUGGGAAACCCAGCGAGUGAUAAAACCAUCACCUCUGCCCAUGGUGGGCAAUCCCAGGACUCAGACGCAGCACCGGGGACAGCGGUCUUGGAUCAGGGCCGGGGUUCUGGCUGCUCAUCAAGUGCUCCCGUCAUGAUUGGGCCAGUUGUUCGCACCAUCUGCUAUGUGGCAGCAGAGUUAGUCCGUCUGGUGGGCUGUGUCGAGUCCAUGAAGCCUGUUUUGCAGUCCCUGUACCACCGUAUUCUGCUCUACCCACCACCCCAGCACAGAGUGGAGGCCAUCAAGAUCAUGAAAGAGAUUGUGGGAAGUCCUCAGCGCUUGUUCGACCUGGCCGGCCCAUGCGUCAUUGAGCCUGAGACAAGAAAGCGGUCUUUCUCAAAAAGGAAGUCACAUCUUGAUCUUCUCAAACUGGUAAUGGACGGUAUAACAGAAGCUUGCAUGAAGGGCGGGAUUGAGGCCUGCUACUCUUCUGUCUCCUGUGCUUGUGCCCUAUUGGGUGCAUUAGAUGAGCUCAGCCAGGGGCGUGGCCUGCAGCAAGAUCAGUCCCGCAUGCUGCUGCGGCGAUUGGAUGAGCUAAAGGAAGGGGUGGAGUCUAUGCGCGAGUCUGUGGAACUCAACGAAGCUGACUUCCGCUGGCAACGGCGUGUGCUUUCUUCUGAGAACGCCGCCUGGGAGAGCAGCAUCACUGAACGCAGCCCUGACAUCAGCAUCAGCGUCACCACAGACACAGGCCAGACCACACUGGAGGGGGACGUGGGUCAGACCACUCUGGAAGGGGAAAUGGGCCAGACCACUCCAGAGGACUGCGGGGAGGAACCACGCCUAUCUUCACCUUCUACCUGUGGAGCCGCGGCGAGAGCUCGCACGGAUCUACCAGAAUGUGUUCGAGACGGCGGCGUCCCAGAAGCCCCGUCCAGUACGGCCCCUCCUGAUGUAGUGCAGCGCAGCCACGGCCUGGCCUACCCUGACAUCACCAACUUCCUGUCUGUGGAGUCUCGGACACGCUCACACGGCUCACGCUACAGCGAAAGCAACUUCAGUGCGGACGAGCAGGAGCUGUCGCGAACAGAGUUCGAUUCGUGCGACCAGUACUCCAUGGCUGCAGAAAAGGACUCUGGACGCUCUGAUGUGUCCGAUGUGGGCUCUGAUAACUGCUCUCUCGCUGACGAGGAGCAGACGCCACGGGACUGUCCCGGGCACCGUACGCUACGGACGGCUGCUCUGUCCCUAAAACUGCUGAAGAACCAGGAAGCGGACCAGCAGAGCGCCCGGCUCUUUGUGCAGUCUCUAGCUGCACUGCUGCCACGGCUGCUGGGACUGCACAGCACCACGGAUAUAGACGUGUCCCUGCAAAGGUUUUCAUCCACCUUCUGUUCGGGACUGCAAGCAGGUGGGGUUCAUUCUCCAGGUUUCGAGGGCAGUGAAAACCUGAGUUGUCAGGCUCUGAUGAAUGCAGAUGGAUUGUACCUGGUUUCCUAUUAUGCUCUACUGCUCAAUCUCAAACUAUGCUGCUGUGACUAUUACCGCAGGAAACCUACAUGUGCUCUGGUGUCUUUGAAAGAGUUUGUGCGUCAGAUCCAGAGCAGUGGCGUUCUGGUGGUUCUGUCUCAGGCCUGGAUCGAGGAGCUCUACAACCAGGUGUUAGAGAGAAACCUGCUGGGAGAGGCGGGAUACUGGGGCUCAGCUGAGGAGCAGUCCUUACCUCUCAUCACCAUGCUCACCGAUAUCGAUGGACUGGGCAGCAGUGCUAUUGGUGGUCAGCUGAUCAGAAAGGCCUCGACACAGUCACCCUUCUCCUGCGACAAGAACGGCAGUGACAGCUUGGUGGCAGGUGUGGUAUUUGCCCGCUAUAUCCUGACCGGCUGCUGGAAAAACUUGAUCGACACGCUGUCCACGCCACUCACAGGGCGCAUGGCAGGAAGCUCUAGGGGUCUCGCCUUUAUUCUUGGAGCAGAGGGAAUUAAAGAGCAGACUCAGAGGGAGAGAGACACCAUCUGUCUCAGCCUGGAUGGUCUACGUAAGGCUGCGGCACUCAGCUGUGCUCUGGGUGUGGCGGCAAACUGUGCCUCAGCACUUGCCCAGAUGGCAGCAGCAUCAUGUGUUCAGGAGGAGAAGGAGGAGAAGGAAUUGGGGGAGACUGGAGAUGCCAUUGCUCAAGUUAAGCAGCGUGUUGAACAGAAACUCGAACAGAUGGGCCGCUGUCAGGGCGUGAGGCUGCACACAGCCCAUGUGCUCUGCAUGGAUGCUAUACUCAAUGUGGGGCUGGAAAUGGGCAGCCAUAACCAUGAUUGCUGGCCUCAUGUCUUUAGAGUGAUUGAGUAUGUCAGUUCACUGGAACACACGCACUUCAGUGACGGCGGCUCCCAGCCUCCCAUCGCCAUCACACAGGCGCAGCAGGCCGUGGCAGUGGACCUGGAGCUGGAGUUGAGCAGAGAGGCCAGUCCAGAGCUGGAACUGGGCCUCAGCCAUCCAGUUAUCCAGCCACUUUCCAUCCAGGAACUCUUGAGAGAAAGUAAAAAGGGUAAAGGGUUCGACCUGCGGGGAGGCAGUCUGCUCACAGGCACCAGUGCCGCCAAAGCCGUCUGCAUGCUUUCCACACAAGCUGACAGGCUGUUCGAGGAUGCAGUGAGUAAACUCAACCUAGUGGCCCUAGUGGGUUCCCUGCAUCAGCUCAGAAAAGCGUCACAGUCUCAACUCUUUGAUUCAGUCACAGAAACUGGAGACUACUCCUUAGCCAUGCCAGGGGAGGCAAAGUCAACCCAGGACAAGCGUAGUGCACUCCACCUCUUCAGGCUGGGAGAGGCCAUGCUUCGCAUUGUGAAGAACAAGAGCAGACCGCUGCUGCACAUGAUGAGAGCCUGGAGUGUAGUAGCACCCCACCUGGUGGAGGCAUCUUGUCAUAAGGAGCGACAUGUAUCCCAGAAGGCUGUGUCCUUCAUCCAUGAUGUUCUGAUGGAGGUUCUGAGCAGCUGGGCAGAGCUGCCACACUUUCAUUUUAAUGAAGCUCUCUUCAGGCCUUUUGAGCACAUCAUGCAGCUGGAGCUCUGUGACGAAGACGUCCAAGAUCAGGUGAUAACAUCCAUUGGAGAGCUGGUGGAGAUGUGCUCAGCUCAGAUCCAGUCUGGCUGGAGGCCGCUGUUCAGUGCUCUCCGAACUGUGCAUGGAAACAAAACAGAUAUGAAGGAUUACCUGAUAGGAGAAUACUCUAUGGGAAAGUCACAAGCACCUGUGUUUGAUGUCUUUGAAGCCUUCAUUAACACAGACAACAUUCAGGUGUUUGCCAACGCGGCUACUGACUACAUCAUGUGCCUUAUGAAGUUUGUGAAAGGUUUAGGAGAAGUGGACUAUAAGGAGAUUGGGGACUGCGUUCAUGUCAGUGGAUACAGCUCAACAGAUCUGUGCCUGCCUGCCCUGGACUAUUUGAGGAAAUGUUCACAGUUGCUUGCUAAAAUCUAUAAGAUGCCGUCCAAGCCAGUGUUCCUGGGAGCGCGACUGGCCAGCCUCCCGAUGAGAGCUCAGGAGAGGUCUGUGAGCAGUGAGGAUGGCAUGGACUGUGUUUUAGCAGAGGUUGACGAUGACACAGGUCUGAUACAGGUGUGGAUUCUUCUGUUGGAGCAGCUGACAGCAGCCGUGUCAAACUGUCCUCGCCAGCAUCAGCCACCUACACUUGAGCUGCUGUUUGAACUUCUGCGUGAAGUCACCAAGAUACCAGGGCCUGGCUUUGCCAUUUUCUCUGUCAUCCAGCUUCUUCUUCCUGUCAUGUCACUAUGGCUACAACGAAGCCAUGGUGACCACUCAUACUGGGACAUUGCUGCGGCAAACUUCAAGCAUGCUAUUGGACUGUCCUGUGAACUGGUGGUGGAACAUAUUCACAGCUUCAUCCAUUCAGAUAUUGGCUAUGAGAAUCUGAUUAACCUGAUGCUGAAAGAUCUAUUCAAACUGCUGGUGUCCUGUGUGGCAGAACCAGCCGAGACCAUCUCCAGAGUGGGCUGCUCCUGUAUUAGGUAUGUUCUGGUAACAGCAGGGCCUGUUUUCACUGAGGAGAUGUGGCGAUUAGCAUGCUGUGCACUGCAGGACGCUUUCUCGGCUACCCUUGAGCCUGUGAAGAAUCUGCUAGCUUGUUUCCGGAGUGGUUCAGACAGUUUCACUGGAGAUGCAUGUGAAGUGAAAGUUGCGGCCCCCUCACACUCCCCUUCAGCCGAGGCUGAGAACAUGAGGAUCCGGGCCAUGGCUCAACAGGUCUUCAUGCUAGAUACACAGUGCUCCCCUAAAACUCCGAGCAACAAGGAAGGUUUUGAGCACGCUCAGUCCUGUGUGCUGAUUAUUGAGCUUCCCGCCGAUCAGCACUCCAAUGGUCAAGCUCAGAAGAGAAAAAUUGGGAUUCCCUUCAGGACUCUAGUGGUAAGUUUACUGUCCCAUCAAGUGCUCCUGCAGAACCUGUAUGACAUCCUCCUAGAGGAGUUUGUGAAAGCUUCUGGGAGCUCCGAGAGCAAAAUCCCCACGGCAGUGUCAGAGCUGAAACCCGCAGGCUUUCUCCGCUACAUCUCAAUGCAGAACCUGGCCAUCAUCUUUGACCUGCUGCUGGACUCGUACCGCACAGCGCGGGAAUUUGACACCCGUCCAGGACUCAAGUAUCUCCUCAUGAAGGUGUCAGGGGUGUGUGGAGCUGCUAACUUAUACCGCCAGUCUGCCAUGAGCUUCAAUAUCUACUUUCAGGCUUUGCUGUGUGCAAUGCUGACAAACCAGGAGAACAUAUCUGUGGAUCAAGUCAAGAAGAUCCUGAGCGAGGAAGAGGAGGGUGGCUCUGACUCUUCACAGCAGUGCUCCUCCGAGGAUGAAGAUAUCUUCGAGGAGAUGGCCCAAGUGAGUCCUCCACGGGCACGCGAGAAGCGUCAGUGGCACGCUCGCAUCCCGUCGCUGAGCACGCAGCCCGCCAGCAGUGUGGAUUGGGCAUGGCUGCUCAAACGUCUGCAUAAACUCUGCAUGGACUUGUGCAACAACUACAUUCAGAUGCACCUGGACCUGGAGAGUAGUGUGGGAGAGCAGCUCACCCACUGGGCCGACCCGCUCUUUUUCUUGCCCCUUUUUAAUUCGGAGACCUCAACACCAUCUCCCGGGGGCCUGUCGGGCCACGGAACGUCCUCGGAGGACAGCUUCCGCCUGCACCUUGAAGAGACGCCCUCAGAGGAGGUCCACAGCCCUGGUGGGUUGGGAGCAACCCUCCCCCAGCUGAGAGGAGACAGGAGGGAAGGGGGUCGUAAGAAGGAAUGGUGGGAGAGUGCGGGGAACAAGCUGUACACCAUCGCCACCGACAAGACCAUCACCAAGCUCAUGAUCGAGUACAAGAAACGCAAGCAGCAGCACAAUCACACCACGUUUGCCAAAGAUAUGAAGGCGGGAGAGAAGAAAGGCGAGACGGUGACCCUGCGUUGCCCGGACUCCCCAGGGCCCCAGAGGCCUCAGCAACUGGUAGAGCAGGGGCCCAUGCGUCACUCCUUAAGUGCGGGGCCCGAGCUACUGCGGCAAGAGAAGAGACCUCGAUCGGGAUCCACAGCCAGUUCCCACAACAUCUCGCUCAGAGACUCUGAGGCACAGAUACAGGUAAGACGGGGCAGGAAACAAAGAUAA